CUGCUCUCUUGCUUGCGUCAGAGGCGACACCGGAGGAACAAAAUGGAGGAGUAUGCCAGAGAGCCGUGUCCCUGGAGGAUUGUGGACGAUUGUGGGGGGGCCUUCACGAUGGGAGCCAUCGGAGGAGGAAUAUUUCAGGCAGUCAAAGGCUUCAGAAAUGCUCCUUCGGGGAUGAGUCAUAGGAUGAAAGGCAGUCUGACAGCUAUUAAGACCAGAGCUCCACAGCUGGGAGGCAGCUUUGCAGUUUGGGGAGGCCUCUUCUCCAUGAUUGAUUGUGGUUUGGUGAAAGUGCGAGGUAAGGAAGAUCCCUGGAACUCGAUUACAAGCGGCGCCAUGACUGGAGCCAUCCUUGCUGCCAGAAAUGGUCCUGUGGCCAUGUUCGGCUCUGCUGCCAUGGGAGGAAUUCUCCUGGCCUUGAUAGAAGGUGCUGGAAUCCUGCUCACUAGAUUUGCUUCAUUCCCAAUUGAGCAACCGUUACCGGAGGAUCCUGCCCCUGCCUCCAUGCCCACUCCUUCCUUUGGAGACUACAGACAGUACCAGUGAGACGUUCCACCGCUUCUUGUCCACUAGGUUUUUUUUUUCCAAUUCCUGGCCAUUCACGAGAAGGGAGAUGUACGUGCGUCCAAGUAUUGACAAAUCAGAAAAUGCCUCGCGUCUGAACGAACUGUCAGCAGGGCAGAGGACCGACUACAUCGCCAUAUUAGAGUCACUCACAUGCCUGAUGCCAUUUACCGCCUCUCCAUGUCACAAGCAACUGAGUGAUGCUGUUGAGAGUGAUGCUCAAUCUCCUGUUAAUAUUUGUCUGAUGUGAGUUACGAUUACUGGGGGGUGCUAUGAGAGGAAAACAAACUCAUAAAGUAACACUGUUGUAGAAGAGCCACCGACCAACAGUCGGGUCUGUAAAUACUUAAAACUAUUCCUGUCUUUUGUUCAUGUAGAUCCUAAUUUGCCUUAAGCGUGUGUGAACCUGCUUGGGCUGGCGAAUGGCCUUCCUUUGAUAAUUCCUUUGAAGGCAAAUGUUUUCACAUACAAUACACCUAGCUUGUUUUAAGAGUUAUUUAUUUUUGGGAAUGUAAAGAGUGCUGUAUUUUAUGUGAUGCACAUCCAACAGUGAGAUUUGAAAAAGGCUUGUGACAAAGAAUGGCCGAGGGGAUACAAGUGGAAGGAGAAAAUAUGUGUUCAAUUGAUUCUAUCUGAGAUUGUAUUACGAUACAAUAAAAGUUGUAA